AUGGCUGAGCCCGGUUACUCCGACCUGAUCGCCAAACACUACAACUACACCGGGAAGUUCCGAAAGACGCAGCAGGACUCGGGCCUGAAGGCGGACUCCGUGGUCUUCAUCAUUGUGUGCUGCUUCAUCAUCCUGGAGAACAUCCUGGUCCUGACGACCAUCUGGAGGACCAAGAAGUUCCACAAGCCCAUGUACUACUUCAUCGGGAACCUGGCGCUGUCGGACCUGCUGGCCGGCGUCGUGUACACCGCCAACAUCCUGCUGUCGGGCGCCAACACCUACAAGCUGACGCCCACGCAGUGGUUCAUCCGGGAGGGCAGCAUGUUCGUGGCGCUGGCGGCGUCUGUCUUCAGCCUGCUGGCCAUCGCCAUCGAGCGCCAUCUGACCAUGCUGCAGAUGAAGCUGCACAACAACGGCAACACGUGCCGCGUCUUCCUGCUCAUCAGCGCCGUGUGGAUGGUGGCGGCAGCGCUGGGCGGCCUGCCGGUGAUGGGCUGGAACUGCAUCCUCAGCGUGACGCGCUGCUCCACCGUGCUGCCGCUCUACCACAAGACCUACAUCCUGUUCUGCACCACCGUGUUCAGCGUCAUCCUCCUGGCCAUCGUGGUGCUGUACGCCCGCAUCUACGCCCUGGUGCGCACGCGCAGCCGCACGCUCGUCUUCCGCAAGGUGACCAACGGCCGCGCCGGCGGCGCCGCCAACAUCAAGAGCUCGGAGAAGUCGAUGGCGCUGCUGAAGACCGUCAUCAUCGUCCUGAGCUGCUUCAUCGCCUGCUGGGCGCCACUCUUCAUCCUCCUGCUGCUGGACGCCGCCUGCGAGACGCUGAGCUGUUCGAUCCUCUACAAGGCCGAAUGGUUUCUGGCGCUCGCCGUCCUGAACUCCGCCAUGAACCCGCUCAUCUACACGCUGACCAGCAACGAGAUGCGCCGCGCCUUCCUGAAGACGCUGCUGUGCUGCACCGCCUGCCUGCGCCCCAACGCCAAGUCCAGCGGGCCCAUCGUGGGGGCGGAGUUCAGCCGCAGCAGGUCGGAUAACUCCUCCCACCCCAACAAGGAGGAGGCGGAGUAUUCGCCGAAGGUGACGACGUCGGGGCGCGUCACCUCAUCCUCCUAGAGAUGCUGUGACCUGAACCGUCAGCCAAUCAGGACUCACCGCACUUAUGAGACUCUCAAAGUGGUUCAACAGGGACCCUCAUGUAGAGAACUCACACCUGCAGGACCAUCAGCUGGAUCCGCUGCUGUGGAUCCUGGUGGUCCAGGUUCAAGUGAACUGAAGAUCUAAGAACAAACCUUUAGUAUUUAAAUUCAUCCUUCAAAUACUUCAAGCGUUCAGGUGCUUUUCAUCGUCAGCUGAUCACGUGACCUCUGCCCUCCUGGUCAUGUGACCUCUGUCCUCCUGACCUCUGCCCUCCUGAUCACGUGACCUCUGAUCACGUGACCUCUGUCCUCCUGACCUCUGCCCUCCUGAUCACGUGACCUCUGAUCACGUGACCUCUGUCCUCCUGAUCACGUGACCUCUGUCCUCCUAUUCACGUGACCUCUGCCCUCCUAUUCACGUGACCUCUGUCCUCCUGAUCACGUGACCUCUGCCCUCCUGAUCACGUGACCUCUGUCCUCCUAUUCACGUGACCUCUGUCCUCCUGAUCACGUGACCUCUGUCCUCUUCUGCUUAUUUAGUGAUAAAUAUUUCAUAUUAAACCUGCAUUAAUAAUAACAAUAAUUAUUAUUAUUUGUUUUCAAGAUUCAUAUUAUGCUCCGUCUAUGUAAACAGGUGAGGAAGAGGAAGAGGAGAACCUGAUCUUGAAUUGAUGUGUUUUUGGGAGAUUUUUGUAAAAAGUUAACUGUAAACGUUAGAAACAGUUUUUCUACUUCCUGUCUGUGUUGUUGUUGUUGGUGUAGUCAAAUUAAUUUAUAUUUGAAAGCAGGAAGAAAACAUCACUUUGUUUGUCACGUAAAUGUUUAGUUGAGUCGGAAGCUCA